UUCUAUCACAAUUUGUAGAUGAGAGCGAGGACGCCUGUGGCUUCCACCGCCCCCUUGGGUUCUCAAACGAGGUCUAAAUUUCAGUACGCAUUUCAGCACCAUGAUUAACGUUCCCAUAACAUGACGCAGAUGUAUCACCACGCUAAAUUCAGAUGGACGGAAAAUUUGACUUCGAGGUUCAUACAACUGAGGAGGGAGAAUGGAAAACUAUUCACUGGGAGGAAAUAUUCCGCUCAGGGUGGAUGGGAGCACAUCCUCAAGCUGAUGAGACGCGAGUAUCCAACGAUAAUGGCUGACGUUCAUUACCGAGUGCUGAAGAAAAAGUGGUCCAACUUGUUACAGCAGUACAAGGAAUUCAAAAAUCCGGUUCAGGGUGACAAAAACCGUGCGGACGACGUCUCCUGGCCAUUUUUCAACGCCAUCGACGAAGUUUUACACGGCCAGAGAAGUGUCCGACCAGUUCGCGAUAAUUACGCUGAUGAUAAUGAGAUAGAGGAAGAAGUAGAUCCCCACGAGUUUCUUUGUGUCUCAGUGACACCCUCCGACGAGCAAAUAUCACCCCCCGUUUCACCUGUCGAGGAGAAGUACAAUCAUUUGGACGACACGCCUAUUCAAGUCGAGGAAUUUUCACGUUCAAGAUCAUCGAAGAGUGAGAAUACGCCCUCGAUAUCUGUCAAAGACCUCAACAAACUCAGAAGAACAGAAAACCAAUCACGUGUUAGCCAGCAGCAGCUGCAGCUGAUCCGAACGGCUGUGAAUCAGGCAAAGAGGCCGAAACAGACUGUCGAAGCGGAAGGAAAUAAAAAGAAUAAGGUACAUCAUAUUGAGAGGACUCAGCAGGACUCCACGACUCCACAAUCCACAGAGUCACAACUUGUCGAUAAAUUCGAGGAAUUUCUGGAGUACACGAAGCAGAGGGAUGAGGAGAACAGACUCAUAAUGCUGAGGAUAUUGGCAGCAGUUGAGAAAAUUGCUGAGAAAUUUGAAUAAAUGUGUCUUUUUGUGUGGAAAAUCUUUAGGUUUAAUAUCUGUUGGAUUUUUCCAGAAUUUUAAUAAAUUUUUUUGAUGGAAAAGAAAA